AAACACCUCCUCGUAGCAAAUAUUGAUCAGACACGUGAUUUUUUUAAAAAGUUCAAAGAUUUUUUUUUCUUUGAAGGAAGCGGUUGAAUGUUACAGUGCGAGGGAGGAGUUGGAAGCCAGACAGCAACCUGAACAAAGGAGUGAGCGCCUGGGGGAUCCCAGGUCGAGUUGCAUUCAUUCAUAGUCAAUGAAGGCAGCCCGUCCAGUCCAUUCAGCGCUGCCUUGAAGUGGGUGACGAAGGCGAUUCCAGCGGCUGGGACGCACUGUGCAGGAGGCAGCGCUGGCGUUUCUGACUCUGGGGCCAACGGCGUGAAGUAUUAAGAGUCGAUAGAUCGCCGCAAUGACAACGAGGAGAGGAUUCACCCAGCAGGAUAUUAACAAAACAGUGUGGGAUGUGUUGGAGAUAUACACCGAGCUGACACCCGUGGGCUCGGGAGCCUAUGGCACAGUUUGCUCAGCCAUUGACAAGCGCGCUGGUGCCAAGGUAGCGAUCAAGAAGCUCUACCGACCCUUUCAGUCCGAGCUCUUUGCCAAGCGAGCUUACCGGGAACUCCGCCUGCUGAAACACAUGAAACAUGAGAAUGUUAUUGGGCUGUUGGAUGUUUUCACACCAGACCUGUCGUUGGAGAAAUUUCAUGAUUUUUAUUUGGUUAUGCCUUUUAUGGGAAUGGACCUCAGCAAACUAAUGAAGCAUGAGAAACUGACUGAAGAUCGGAUCCAAUUUCUGGUGUAUCAAGUCCUAAAAGGCCUAAAGUACAUCCACUCUGCAGGGAUCAUCCACAGGGAUCUUAAACCCGGGAAUUUGGCGAUCAAUGAGGACUGCGAGUUAAAGAUUCUGGACUUUGGGUUGGCAAGACAUGCUGAUCAGGAAAUGACUGGCUAUGUGGUAACCAGGUGGUACCGUGCCCCGGAGGUGAUACUUAACUGGAUGCAUUAUACUCAAACAGUGGAUAUCUGGUCUGUUGGCUGUAUCAUGGCAGAGAUGAUUACAACACGCCCUCUUUUUAAAGGCAUCGAUCAUUUAGAUCAAUUAACAGAAAUCAUGAAAGUAACAGGGACACCAACCCAAGACUUUGUUCAGAAGCUGCAAAGUCAAGAUGCUAAAAAUUACAUCAAAAGUUUGCAAAGGGUCCCAAAGAAAGACUUCAAAGCUCUGUUUGGAAAUGUUAAUCAAGUGGCAGUCAACCUUUUAGAAAAGAUGCUUGUGCUCGAUGCCGAGAAACGGGUAACUGCAGAGGAGGCCCUGGCUCACCCGUACUUUGAGCAGUAUCGAGAUCCUGAGGAAGAGACUGUGGCAAAAGUGUACGACAAUAGUUUUGACAACGUAGAACUCACCAUUGAAGAAUGGAAAUGUCAUACAUAUGAAGAAGUGGUUAACUUUAAGACUUCAACAGCAGUACCAGAGUCUAAAGAAACUUCAGUGUAGCUCUGGCUUCAUAACUACACAACAAACCAGGCAAAGUAUAUAUUUGUGCAGCAAGGAGCUGUGAAAACAUUCAUUAUUUUAGAUGUGUUUUCUUUUUAGCCUUUGGAAAUAUAUGUACAGUACUGUAUUACUAUGCCUAUGGCCUCCAGUUCAAAUACAGAGUGAUUUGUUUCUUUCAAGGUCAAACUAACACUAUACCAACGUUCUUUGAAAGGUGCUUUCAGAGUUAGAACAGUCGUAAACAUUCUACUGCCUGGCAUUGUACAAUUCCAGACAAGAUCUUCUCCUGUUAGAUAAAGUUAAUUUAGAA